GAGCUCCAGCCUCGACCCCUGCCCCAGCGCCACCGAGACUGGAUACAUUUUGCAAAGCCCAAACUGCAAACAACUCUGGCGAUGCCAAAAUUCCCCUCCAAGUGACACGGCUUUGCGAAGGAGGCUUCUUCAACCCGGGUUCUUUCACCCAUUCCCGCUGCCUUCUUCAGCGACGAUUAAAGGGGUCCCCCCCUCUUUUUCUGGCAAUAGGAAUUUAGAGGGAAAAAAGGAAGAAAAAAAAAAAAGCUGGACUAAACUCUAUCGUGAUCUCAAACUCUUUGGACUGAUUUUUAUUCUCUCGCUAUAUUGAAAGAAUAUCUAUUCUUAACGGGAAUCGGCAUAGGAGGAGAUGGAAGUUUUUCCUUUGCUCCUGGUUUUGUCCAUCUGGUGGUCUCGAACCUGGGAAUCGGCGAAUGCGGAUUCAAUCAUUCACAUCGGAGCAAUUUUUGAUGAAUCUGCCAAAAAGGAUGAUGAGGUAUUUCGCACAGCAGUUGGCGACCUCAACCAGAAUGAGGAGAUACUGCAGACAGAGAAAAUCACAUUUUCAGUGACGUUUGUUGAUGGAAACAAUCCUUUUCAAGCAGUCCAGGAAGCCUGUGAACUUAUGAAUCAGGGCAUCUUGGCCCUUGUCAGCUCCAUUGGCUGCACAUCAGCCGGAUCCCUCCAGUCCCUGGCAGACGCCAUGCAUAUCCCUCACCUCUUCAUCCAGCGUUCAACGGCCGGGACCCCAAGGAGUGGCUGUGGCCUCACCCGGAGUAACAGGAAUGAUGACUACACGCUCUCUGUUCGCCCACCCGUGUACUUGAAUGAUGUCAUUCUAAGAGUGGUCACCGAGUACGCCUGGCAGAAAUUCAUUAUAUUCUAUGAUAGUGAAUAUGAUAUCCGUGGAAUACAAGAGUUUUUGGACAAAGUAUCUCAGCAGGGAAUGGAUGUUGCACUUCAGAAAGUAGAAAACAACAUCAAUAAGAUGAUCACCACUCUCUUCGCCACCAUGAGAAUCGAAGAACUGAAUCGCUAUCGAGACACUCUGAGGCGAGCCAUUCUUGUUAUGAAUCCGGCCACAGCGAAAUCUUUCAUCACAGAGGUCGUGGAGACUAAUUUGGUUGCUUUUGACUGUCACUGGAUCAUUAUUAAUGAGGAGAUAAAUGAUGUGGAUGUACAGGAACUUGUAAGGAGGUCCAUUGGAAGAUUAACAAUUAUUCGGCAGACAUUUCCAGUUCCACAGAAUAUAAGUCAGCGAUGUUUCCGUGGCAACCAUCGAAUAUCUUCAACACUGUGUGAUCCAAAGGACCCAUUUGCUCAAAGUAUGGAGAUUUCAAACCUUUACAUAUAUGACACAGUGCUCCUGCUGGCUAAUGCUUUUCAUAAGAAACUGGAGGACCGGAAGUGGCACAGCAUGGCAAGUCUGUCAUGUAUCCGGAAGAACUCCAAGCCCUGGCAAGGAGGACGAUCCAUGCUGGACACCAUCAAGAAGGGAGGUGUUAAUGGAUUGACUGGAGAGCUAGAAUUUGGAGAAAAUGGAGGAAACCCCAAUGUUCACUUUGAAAUCCUUGGAACCAACUAUGGAGAAGAACUUGGCCGAGGUGUUCGAAAACUUGGGUGCUGGAAUCCUGUCACAGGACUGAAUGGGUCACUGACGGACAAGAAACUGGAAAAUAACAUGCGUGGAGUGGUCCUGCGUGUGGUGACUGUGCUGGAAGAACCUUUUGUAAUGGUUUCUGAAAAUGUCUUGGGUAAGCCGAAGAAAUACCAGGGCUUCUCCAUUGAUGUUUUGGAUGCCUUAUCUAACUACCUGGGUUUUAACUAUGAAAUUUAUGUUGCACCGGAUCACAAGUAUGGAAGCCCUCAAGAAGAUGGGACAUGGAAUGGCUUGGUAGGAGAACUAGUGUUUAAGCGAGCUGACAUAGGAAUUUCUGCAUUAACCAUCACCCCAGAUCGGGAGAAUGUAGUGGACUUCACAACACGUUACAUGGACUACUCUGUGGGUGUCCUGCUUCGAAGGGCUGAAAAGACCGUGGAUAUGUUUGCCUGCCUCGCACCAUUUGAUCUCUCCCUGUGGGCCUGCAUUGCUGGUACAGUUCUUCUAGUGGGUCUACUGGUCUACCUCUUGAACUGGCUUAAUCCUCCACGAUUACAGAUGGGAUCAAUGACUUCUACUACCCUCUACAACUCUAUGUGGUUUGUGUAUGGAUCGUUUGUACAGCAAGGUGGGGAAGUCCCAUACACAACCCUGGCUACCCGAAUGAUGAUGGGGGCGUGGUGGCUUUUUGCUUUGAUUGUCAUCUCAUCUUACACGGCAAACCUUGCUGCUUUCCUCACCAUCACCCGCAUUGAAAGCUCCAUUCAGUCUCUCCAGGACCUUUCCAAGCAAACCGACAUUCCGUAUGGCACAGUCUUGGACUCGGCAGUAUAUGAGCAUGUCCGAAUCAAGGGGGUGAAUCCCUUCGAGAGGGACAGCAUGUAUUCCCAGAUGUGGCGGAUGAUCAAUCGAAGCAACGGAUCAGAGAACAAUGUUCUGGAGUCGCAAGCAGGCAUUCAAAAGGUAAAAUUUGGUAAUUAUGCUUUUGUAUGGGAUGCAGCUGUACUGGAAUACGUGGCUAUCAACGACGCAGAUUGCUCGUUUUACACCAUUGGGAACACUGUCGCUGACCGGGGAUAUGGCAUCGCACUGCAGCAUGGCAGUCCUUACCGCGAUGUUUUUUCACAAAGGAUUCUGGAGCUUCAGCAGAACGGUGACAUGGACAUCCUAAGGCACAAAUGGUGGCCUAAGAAUGGCCAGUGUGACCUAUAUUCCUCAGUGGACACAAAGCAGAAAGGCGGUGCCCUGGAUAUAAAGAGCUUUGCAGGCGUUUUCUGUAUCCUGGCCGCUGGAAUUGUGCUCUCCUGCUUCAUAGCCAUGCUGGAGACGUGGUGGAACAAGAGGAAGGGCUCCCGGGUCCCAUCGAAAGAGGCUUCAUCCCUGCCAAAUGAGUCUACAUCGUCUGAAGGAAGGAAUGCUUGGCCAUUAAGGCCGUGUCUGAAAUUUAGCAGCAAUACCUGGAGAAGCCAGGCUUCCAGUCACGGCCUCCACCAAUCGUCGCAACUGGGAGGGCCUCUGGAAGACCCCUAACCUCUACCAGCACCCGAGCUGCCAAUCACUCUUCCACCUAUUGAUUUCAGGACCCAACAGAUUCUGAGUAACCGAAACUGGUGAGCUGGUGUGCUAUCUCCUAAGUUUUAAAAAAAACAAACAAAAACUUCUUAUUCAGUGCAAGGAAGCUGAAUUCACCAGGCUGUGAGACCCAGAAAACUUUGCUGUCAUCCACUCUUAGAAGAGCAACACAACGUCUACUGCUCUCAGUGACAGGUCAUUGGGUCCUGCCUAGGUCAACCCAGUAACCUUAGCGGGACGCUUUUAUGCAGCAGAUAUUUUGUCUGCGGGUCCUGGCCAGCAACGCACACGCUGAGGUCCAUGUCUACUCCACAAUAGCGUUGUCCUCCAGCUUCCACCUGUUUAAGAGUCACCACAGUCUCACUUCUGCCUUUCUGGGACAUCUGAUGGCCAAGGAUCCAGGAGACAUGGAGGACUAAGGAGAAUGUGCCUUGGCAGAACUGCACCUCAAAAGAGAGAGGUCUCUUUCAGCAAAAGCUUACUGAACCCCUGGUGAUAGCAAUUAACCAUCUGUGGAAUUUUUUUUUUAUCACAGAGCUCUUUCAAUAUGAUUGAAACAAGGUUAUCUUCAUAUUCACUGAAAUGACUCAUUUUUCUUUAUGUCAAUGGCCCUAACCCUUUACCCCCACAAGUUGCAGUUGAAUCUACUCUGAUUCAUGGCCACCUCAAGUGUAUCAGGGUCAAUUGUACUCCUUAGGUUUUAAUUGACUGACUUCUCAGAAGUUUUCUCACCAGAUACCCUCUGAGAUACCUCUGUGUAGACUUAAACUGCCAACCUUUCAGUUUACAGCUGAACAUGUUAAUCAUCUACACCACCCAGGGACUCAGCCCUUACCCCCGGUGGCCCUUAAAUGUCUACAUUCUGCAUGGAUUCUUGACUAAUGUAGAAUCUCCAGUUCAAAUCGAUACCUUGUAGAUUUGUUUUGUAAACAAACGUCUCUUAGAUCAUGAGAUGGUACUCUGGGAUAGCAGUGCCUAUGUAUUCGAGCCACCACCAAGAUAACUGAGUUUUCCCUAUACUCAUAUCCACAUGUUUAAUUAAAAGCAUCGCCCGAGUAAAAUAUGGAAGCAUCUUAUGCUCAUGAAACAUCCCGACCGCUCAUGAAUGCAACAAAGUUUAAUUGAGCACCUACUUGUGGCAAGCGUUAAUGCUAGGAAAAAUAACUCACAGCCAUUGCUCCUAAGCAGUCUAUAUGACAGUGGAGACAUCAAACAAGUAAAACGCCUGCAGAGGGCCAGAGCGGUGCAGUGAGGGCCAGGAAAACCCUUCCAUCUCUGUUCUUGACCACCCAGGAACCCCCAGUGGCCCCAGCUAGCUCACAUCUGACCUUCUAACACGCCAACGCAACCCAUAAAUUUCAAACCAAUGAACAUCGAUUUCUCUGAGAAGUCCUGCCAGCAGUAACACAGUGGUUGCUGAUUGCCGAAAUAUUAGAUGCCUACUUACUGGGCAGCUUCUCAAUUAUGUCAUCCUAACCUUCAGUUGAAGUCUGGUUGUGACGCUGGAAGAUCCCACUUCCAAUUUGGGUUCUAGCACUUACUAUGACGGGGUAUAUCACGUCAACAUUUGGGUCAUCAGUGUCUUUCUUUGAGAAAUAAAAAUAGAAGCACCAUUUACUGUACCUACCUCGCAGGCUUGUUGUGAGAAUCAAGUGAAAAUGUAUGUGACAAAACUUUGUAAAUGUUGUCAGCUCUUAAUCACCCAGUGUUCCAUCAGCCCUUCCUUCUCUCUGCCAUAUACAAUGCUAUCAUUUACCAGAAGGCUGUUCUCUGUCCUUCCGCACUGAAGAAUGGGAUAAAGAACAUAAAGUUCAUGCCUUCCUGGUAGUCCAGUUUCAAUAUAGGAAUGCUGAUGCUUCAGAGCAUAACAAGGAUAUAAAACAGUGGACCAAACUGGGGCCUGGCUGAUAUGUAAUGCCCUUUACCAUUAGCAUGCCAUGUGCACAUUUUGCCAUUAGGACACAAUAGACAUGACCUCAUCGGGAAAAGAAUGUCUCCAUGGGCCAUUGUAAAAAGCCUAUUCUUCACCCUAGAGAAAUAAUCAACAGCAGAGAUGUUUGUAAUCACUUGAGCUCUAGUUUCCAGGGGAAUCACCAGCAAUGAUAAUAGACAGUAAGCCUUCUCAAAUAUAGUAAGAAGGUUUGGUGAAAGGAGAUACUGACCCACUUAAAGAAAACCACAGGCCAUCCCUGAGUGGUUUAUUAUAACUGGACUGGUAAAAGAAGCACUCAGACACUCAUUUACAGGCAGGACAUGGUGAUACAUCUCCUCACAGUUUAUCCUUCACACCAAUCUAGUUCUUCCUGUGAUCCUGACUUCUCUACUCCCUGACUGUACCACAGACAUUCAAUAUAAUGUGUUCCUUGCUUAUGCUUCUCCAUAUCUAUCACACAUCAUGUACAAACACACCCAGACACACAUGCACACAACAAUAAGGAAUCCCACCCAGAUAGCCAGGCCCUAGCCUGAAUUUUUACUUCUAAUGAUUCAAGACAGAUUCUCCAUGGCUGAUCUAAUUUGAGUUUAGUCUCCCUGGGGAAGCCAAUUCAUCCCAGAUUGAGACCUUAACUACUUCACUCCUGGCAUACAGCAUAGAGGGCCUAUAGAGCUACAGGAACCUAGAAAUCCUUUGAACAAAGGGAGCUCUUUCUACCAAGAAUUCAGAAGCUCUUCCCAAACUAAAAGGAUCCCUGAAAACACACAGAGCAAAGCACUGGACAGAUAACUACAAGGUCGAUGUUCCUAAGUUGAAAUCUACUCAGUGGCAUGUGUGUUUGUUUGUGUGUUUGGUGGGGGGUUUCUUCCAAAACUAAUGACAUAUGAGGGGGGAUGAAAAAAUAGUAGACUCUUUCCAUGAACUUGUGGAAGUCCCUUCAGACAUCCAGGAAUUGCAUAAAUUCUCCACAAAAGUAAAUAAAAGAACGGUGAUGAUAUACCAACACAUCAGAUCAAACUGGUACCCUAGAAGCUCUGGAUUAAGGUCGUGAGAGUGAUAUAGACAUUUCCAACUAUAAUCCAUUCCUCUAUUUCCUAGAGUAAGGAAAGGGGAUUACAGGAGAAAUGCCAAGGUGUUCCAUAUAGCAGUUUCUGAAAUAUAUUUAAGUAGAAUGGGCAUUCAGGAUCUCCUCCUUACUCUAGGUCAAAAAUGAGUCCACUGAAAAUUUCCUAAAUAUUUUCUUAAAGACAUAAUAUUAAAAAUUCAUUUUAAUACUUAAAGUUCAGUGGAGGAAAGCCGGGAUCUUACAUUAUAGUUUACACUCACCACUUGCUGUGGGAAGGGAGCCAGAGAGUCUCAGAGUAUCAGCCACCCAAGGUCAAAGGCACUGAGCCAAAGGAUCCAGCAAUGAACAGACCCAAGCCAGGAAGAAAAGCUGUUGCUAACAUGACAGACCAAGCAUAUGAAACACGAUGAUCCCAGGUCAUGAUUGCUGAGAAAGAAGAAUAUACACAUCCAAGUCAGAAAGCGGACUAUGAGGUUGGAACAGGUAUCAGGGGGAAUGACUGGGCAGUAAAUGGAGUUACCUAUAGACAUCACUAUGUUUAUCUUGUAGGAACUUUUUUUGUAAAUUGUAAUACUGCAUCUUAGUUUUUGCUAAAGCUAUAGAAUCCUCAGUAUAACUGAUGUCACUUACAUAGCCAGCCCAACAUAGGAAACACAGACAUUGACCCUUUGCUAUCUUGGUUGAUAUAAUUUUUCUUUCUGAAUGGUUUUUAAUUUUUUCCAUAAGUCUUUGGUAAAUUAUUUUAUCAAUAAAACUUUGUUAAUAAAUAA